AUGCGGGAGGCGUGGUUGGAGGCGUCGGGGUGUCCCGACUGCGGUGUGAAGUGGCAAUCCCUGUGUUGUGCUGCUGCUGCGGCUGCUGCUGCUCUUUAGAAAGGAAGGCAAGAAGCGAGCUGUAAAGCUGUCACUGGGUGUCGUAUUUUGUACGUUACGUUGAUUGUUCCAUCAAAGUUGCAUAUCAGUAUGGCUGCAGAAAGUCCACAGCGGCAAAAGGUGAAGGCGAUUCUACCACCUGUGAAGGAAUGCAGCCACACUCUACAUUACUGCGAGGAAAACGUCUGGCUACUCUGCCGGCACGUGCGAGAGAAGUUCGCACAGGAGCUGCCCUUCUGUCACGCCGUCUUCAUCUCGAACCAGAACCAGACGGUGCCACUGUGGCGACAGCGCGCCGGCCGCACCGACGACAAGGUCGUCAUCUGGGACUAUCACGUGAUCUUCAUGUACCAGCCGGACAACCGGUGUCUGGUGUACGACAUGGACUCGGAGCUGCCGUUCCCCACCUACUUUCACAAAUACGUCACCGAGACGUUCCGCACCGACCAGAUCCUGCACCCCGAGCAUCACAGGUUCUUCCGCGUGGUGCCGGCCGCCGAGUUCUUGGAGACGUUCGCGUCGGACCGGUCUCACAUGAAGCGUGACAGCGGCGCCUGGGCGUCGCCGCCGCCGCCGUACCCGCCGAUCCGGACACAAGGAUCGGAGAACAACCUGCAGGCCUUCAUCUCGAUGGACCCUCGCGUCGGCCAGGGCCAGGUGUUCAACCUGCCGGACUUCGUCAACAAAUUCUACAAAAACUACGUUAACAUAUGAGCGUGUGCGUCCACCUAUCGGCUGGAAAUCGAAACUCAGUUUUGGCAGCCUCCGACCAGGCUGGCUCCAGGUUCGGAACCGCGAUCCAUGCGGACGCUAGCAGAACGAGACUCAACGAGUGUGGCCCGGCGUCCGCCAGCGCAUCUCUCGGCAUACAUAUAUUCCUCAUUGAUAAAGCGCCUUACUGUUCGCCUUAAUUUUGGUGUUAGUCUAGACUGGACAGGGCGGGCGUGGCGACGGCGCUGCCAUCUGGCGAGGCGGACGCGCCGCCGACCAUCUCCCUGUGACGCGUGGUCGGGUGAGA